CAAAUUUUGUACAGUAUUAAGCAAUUUAAAAUGUUAUUAUAUUUUGGUAUUUUGCAAGUGCUGCUAAUUUUGAGCACAGAAUGUUAUUCGAAAAACAUAAAUCAUAACGAAAAUAAAACAAAGAAUAUCCAAAUCACAAUACCCAUAACUUCAAAAGGAAUAGGAAUUAUAAGAGUAGACGAAAUAAGGCUAGAAGAUGAAUAUUGUAUAGAACCAAAUGUUAACAUUAUAACUACUCCAAUUAAUGAUGAACCAGAAAUUGAAGAAAGAGCUGAACCCACAGAAGAUACUUUACCUGAACUUAUUAAAGAUACUUUACCGAAAGGAGUUGAAAACACUUUAUCUGAACCCAUCGAUGAUAAUAAUAAUAAAAACAACGAUACAGCAUCAUUAGCAUCUGAAGAACCAACGUUUGAAGGGCCAGUCCGAGCUAGCGGUACGAUUAAUAUUUUAGGAAAUUUUGGACCGACUAUGGCAGGUGAUCCGUUUAUCUAUCCAAUGUGUCGACCAGUACCGCUUUAUCCAAUAUAUCCUGCAUUGAAUGAUCCAAAUUCGUCUGAAUCAUCUGAACAGCCCGAUAACCAAAAAGAUCCUGGGACAGUCAAUGGUGGACCGUAUCCAUUAUACCGACCAGUUCCUUUGUAUCCAAUAUUUCCUUCAGUAUUGAGAGAGUCGGCCUGUUCUGAAGAAUUAGAAUCAACAGAUCCGGUGAUAUCUUAUGGUCAACCUUCUCCAUGUCCAAUGUAUCGACCGGUAUUUUUCCCACCUCGUCCACUAAUUUCGAAUGAUCCAAAUCAAACUGUUGAUCCAGCAAAGAGCAAGGAACCGUUGACAUUAAAUGAUGAUACGCGACGUCUUCUCCGUAAUCUUAUGCUGCUUAAUGUAGCUCACCAGUCGAAUAUACCAUGUGAGGUGGUGCCAAUACCACCGACGAACAGAACUUCCCCUGAAGAUGAAACUGAACCAACCAGCAUAGAAUAGGGCAAUGACGCUCCCAGCGUUGUACUGCCAGUCUCUGAAAAAGUCACGAUAGUUGCGACCAGUAUUUGAAUAAAAUAUCCAAGUCAAUGUUU